AUGUCGCAAGAACGGAAGAUAAAGAAGACACGAGGAUGGCUAGAGAGUGUUCAGGACGAUGGAUUAUCGCCAGGAGUCCGUGGACCAUUUGACCGCCGACAAGUCGAGUGGGUCAAUGCGAGAGCGGCGGGCAUCGUGAUACACUGGCGCAAAGCUCAAAGCGGCACAAGGAUAACGCGUGCGUACAAGCAGCUAGGACAUGCAUAG